CCUUGCCCACCUCGCCCUCCUUGCCCUCCUUUUGCCCUCCCUCUCCCUCCCUCCCUGCCUGCCUGCCUGCCCCCAAUCAAAUCUGAAUCUGAAUCUGAAUCCCGAAAUCCCCUCAUCCGCUCCUGGAGACGACGACAGGAAUACAUCACAACACAACACAACUCAACACAAUACAACACAAACAGCAGAAUACCAUAUCGAUUUCCCCAUCACCGCAACAUUCUUAACGAUUUACCAGCCGAUUCUCGUACGCACGUAGAGGCCCGUCUGCUUCCGUUCCAUCGACUGCAGUUGAUCGCGCGCUGAUUCACGACCUCCGCCACCUCGAUUGAAAUGUCCCAUUAACGGUAGAUGACUACCAGCGGCAGGGCCGCAACAAGAUGAACAUGGAAGUACGACAGCUUAUCAACAUCGCGAGGCCCAGCCGGACCUCGUCAUCGACUUCAACGCCUCACUGCACUCCCUUUACGCUUCCCUCAAAUGGGGUCCUUACCCUCGCAGUUGACAACAUCAUUACCCUCACCUCGGAUGCCGUUUUCCAGCCCGAAUGUACCGGUUUCAGUGGUACGGUUCUCACCGGGAAGGGUUAUACCGAUUUCCGCGAUCCAUUUUACGCCUCGACGAUCCCCGAAUGCUACGCGCUGGCAGCUGCGACGGUGACUGCGUAUAUGCUCGUGAUAAUGCUCUUCAUCACUCCCAGGACAUUCUUACGCGAGGGUGCAGUGGUCUUGGGUCGACGUGGUUUCACGAAUGGCCCAUCAGCAAGUGAUGCGGGUAUCGGAAUUGGAGGACGACCGUGGCUUCAGAAGGUUGCAGCGCUGACUGUAGCGAUAUCCCUUACCAUUGCGACCGCUGAUACCUUUCGUGUGGCCGAAGCACAAUAUCAGGUUGGUUACAUGGAUGCCGCUGCGUUGCAAAGUGAAGUGGAAGAUGGCCUGGAGUUGAAGAUUAUACGCGUUAUUUCGGACACCUUCCUAUGGCUCGCCCAAGCCCAGACUCUGAUAAGACUUUUUCCUCGACAGAGAGAGAAGAUCAUCAUCAAGUGGACCGCUUUUGCUCUUAUCAGUCUCGAUGUUCUUUUCAGUAUUCUCAACAAUUUCGUAUAUAACGGCAACUCACGACCGCGAAGUUUUGUCGAUGCGAUUCCGGCACUUGCAUACCUCUUUCAACUGGCACUAAGUUUGCUGUAUGCUGCAUGGGUUAUGUAUUACUCGAUUACGAAGAAACAAUUCGCCUUCUAUCAUGUUCAGAUGAAGAACAUGUGUCUGGUUUCACUUUUGUCAUUGGCAUCAGUGUUGAUACCGGUAGUCUUUUUCGUCUUAGAUAUAUCACAGCCAUCUCUGGCUGGAUGGGGGGACUAUGUACGAUGGGUUGGAGCAGCGGCAGCCAGUGUUGUAGUUUGGGAAUGGGUGGAACGAAUUGAGGCUUUAGAGAGAGAUGACAAGAAAGAUGGCGUUCUGGGACGAGAGGUAUUCGACGGUGAUGAGAUGUUGGAUGCCAAUUCGCCAUCGAACGAUCAUUGGAAGAACGGAAGCCCCAACGGAAAAGACGAUGAUGGAGACCGUGACGGGGGUAGUGGAGCUAUCACCAGCUCCAAUGGGAGAUCGUGGCCUACUGUCGCUGGCCUCGCACAUCGAUAUCGGCCACGGGCCAAGCAUGAUGUUGAGAGAGGCAAAGCAAGAGGUGAUGGAGGAACUACGAGAAAUAAAAGGGGGCCACGACCCAGGCCUCCACUGUGGCCUACACGGCCACCAGCUGCUGCAACACCGAUCAGCAGAACGGACUCGGCAAGUGCGGAAAGUACGGUGUAUGCCAUUCGCUACCACCCGAUCAGUGAAGCAGCUGUACCAGUCAGAGAAAAUACCAGAGAAAGUAUGAGGCCGACAGAGCCAUCGAGGCACAACAGUGCAGAAAUAAUCAGACCUCCAAGUCCUCUUCGCAGAGAUUCCAGCGAUGAUCUUGAGAAGAAGUCCAUCAUUGAGCUGAUGGAAGAGGGGCUAGGCACAGAGCCUCCGCCCCCAGAACCACAGAGUGCAUGGAACACUCUGGCUAAAGCCAACCCAUUUCGAAGAAGAGGCAGAGAACCCCCGCCACAGGUGUCUGCACACACCGCCAAAACCCAAGAGACAGCCAAUGCUCAUGGCACAUCAAGCGUAUGGGAUGUACGAGCACGACUUGAGGAUUUCGCUGCAACACAAGCUGAGAAACUCCGCGAUAAAAAUCGAGUCAACACUGCAGCUGGAGGGCCUCUUCCUGUCACAGUUAUUCCAGCCCCCCCUCGCAGAAGGGAUCUGGCCGCGACCCUUGAAGAGCUUGAGGACGCUGAGCGAAGACAACAGCACAGACUACCACAACAGCCAGCAGAACGUCCGAUUCCUGAGCGAUCGACGAGCGUGGCAACUAGGGCCGUUUCCCCUGUCGUUGAGGAAGGCGAAAUUUCACGCCACGCACAGUCGCAGCGCUUGAGCGACCCAUACCGACCAGACGACUUGAAUGGACACUCCAUUCACCAGCGUGGAGCCAUUCAAUUCGUCACUGCUCUACCACAGGACCGUGAAGCCAAUGAGCCUGUCUCACCUGUAUCCCCACUGGAGGUACAAAGAGUAACUCCUCUAAGCUUCACCAACAGCGCUCGCAACAGCCCAGUUCAACCACGGUCACCUACAUCACAACGAAGAUCUGACGGGCUUUCCGUUACGAGCAUACCAGCUCCGCCUCGAAGGCCACGAUCUCCUGAGGAAGAUGACUAGUGCUGUACAGCGGGCGAGGCGUCUGGUCUGGUUAAGUCUGGGUUUUUUCUUUAGCGAGGCGUUCACGUGGGUGUAAAAUACCACUGGAACCCAAAAAUGGGGUUAGGAUAAUUGGUGUUGAAAAGGAAAAGGGUGAUUAUUGGAUAGUAGGUUUUUGUUUGGAUAUCGGCGUACAGGAAGGCUUGCAUAUAGAAGAGUUGCAUCGACACAGGAAAGGAAAGGAGGCGGACUUGCGGCAAAUAGUGGAGGAAGUUAUAUAGGGGCCUUGAGAUGGAUGGUGGCUUCUGCCUAUGGCGAAGCGCACAUACGCAGGACUUGCAUAUUGUACAGAAAAUAUGACGACUUCACGACGGAUUGCAUCGCCGUUUGGACAGGAAGGAAUGAUAUCCUUGUACCUAGCCAGUUGAGUAAUCAGUAAUGCUGAGAGGAAUCCAUUCGAUUCGGAGCAGAAGCUGUAGUUCAAACAAAGAAAGUAAAAGUUAAAAGUAAA